AUGAAGGCUAAGGGCCUUCAGAGGCUCCGAUGGUAUUGUCAAGUUUGUGAGAAACAGUGUAGAGACGAAAACGGAUUCAAAUGCCACACUCAGAGCGAGUCUCACUUGCACAAAAUGCUGAAUGUGAGUGCUCGUGGGAAAGAAAAAAUCGAAGAAUACUCAACACAAUUCAAAAGGGACUUCAUAUUUUUGUUGAGAACUGGGCAUGGUGAAAAAUCAAUUAAUGCAAAUAGAUUUUACCAAGAGUACAUUCAGAACAAGGAUCAUAUCCAUAUGAAUGCCACUAAGUGGACAUCAUUAACAGAUUUUGUGAAAUUUCUUGGCAAAGAGGGCAUUUGUAGAGUAGAAGACUCAGAAGAAAACGGGUUAUGUAUUUCUUGGAUCGACAACUCACCCGAGUCAUUAAGGCGACAAGAGGCUUUAAGAAAAAAAGAACGGGCUGAAAAAGGUGAUGAAUACAGGGCAAUGAAGCAUUUAGAAACCCAAGUUCAAAAGGCCAAAGAAGAGCAGGUUGCUUUUAAAGAAAACAGCGAAGAAGGACAUGAGCUCGAUACUGAAAUUAGACGUGAGUCAGAUUCUCCUAUAUCGCUGAAGUUGAGCUUUGCAAGCAACCGUGCGGAUAAGAUUGCGGUUGUCACCAAAAGCUCUAGUUUGGUGAAGAACACAGGGAAUCAGGCUCCACGAAAAAAUGUCUUUGCUACACCUUCAAUUUCGAAAGUAUCGAAACCAAAAUCCACUCCCUCAAAAUCAAACAAGCCCCUGAACGCUUUUCAGGAAGUGAUGCUCCAAGAACAAGCUCGCCGCCGUCACUAA